AUGUAUGAAUUAAUUGAUGCAAGUUCAAUGCCCGACCAACUACUAUCUAUUGUUGGGUUGCUUCCCCAUCCUUGUUCAUUUGGAAAUAGAGUCCUAAUUGCUUAUGAAAAUGGAUUACUUAUUCUCUGGGAUAUUACAGAAGAUAGAGCUGUUUUUGUUAGUAUUCAAAACCAUCUUCAACCAAAGGAAAUUUUUGUUUGUACUCAAACAAAUAUGAGCACAGUGCAUGCAAAUGAUUCCAAAGAUCAUGACCAAGAAGAAAAGGAAAUAAGUUCCCUUUGUUGGUUGUCCUCUGAUGGAUCAAUUCUUGCUGUUGGUUAUGUAGAUGGUGAUAUUUUCCUAUGGAACUUAUCUGUGCCAGACUGUAGUAAAAGCCCCAAGACUGAAAAUCUGUCUAACAAUGUUGUUAAGUUGCAACUAUUAUCAGGAGACAGAAGGCUUCCUGUUACUGUUUUGCAUUGCUCUGCUAACAGAUCUCAAAACAGUUUAAGAGGCUACCUUUUUGUCUAUGGUGGUGGUGAAAUUGGAGCUGAAGAGGUUUUGACGGUAUGCACCAUUCUAACGUAACCUCUCACUCGUCUU